UACCAUUGUAUCUAUCAGAAAUAAACUGUAUAGAUUAUGAACAAAUAAUGGACCAUCCUGUAGACAUUCAUUAUGCUAGCUUUCAAAUGUGCCUAUAAAUUGUUGUAAUAAUCGUGAGUAUUGUUCUUUUGAUAAAAUGAAGUCGCUCGGAGUAUGCUUCUUUUUGGUGGUAUGUCAUCUGAUCAUUUUACAUGUAAAAGAAUCAGUUCAAGACAGAAGCGAACGAGAUAGCAGUGUUUUAGCUAAUGAUAUGACAAUUCCUAAAUUGGCUAAUGGUAGAAUUAAGGUUGCUGUUAUUAAUGGUGGUAAACGAGGAAAUCAGUUUAAAAAUUUUAUGCUUACCAAAGAUGUGCCCAAAGAAGAAAUUCAGACAAAAAAAGAAUCUUACAUUCCCAUCAAAGCUUAUGGAAAACGAGGAGGUGAAAGUUACUUGCCAGUAAUUUUAGGUUUAUAUUCAGAUUCAGGUUACAUAGAUCCGUUUCAAAAAUGGCUAGUAUCAAUGCCUUAUUAUCAUUAAUUUUCUUAUUAAGCCGCAUUCAUAAUACAGUCGAAGAUAAUAUAAGCAUUGUCGUCGAAUGACUUUUGG